AUCCCUCAUAAUUUUAAGUCUGUGCCACCCCGACGCCCCGUCACUCGUCAAACCCAAUUUAGAUCGGUAACGGACUCACCCAAGUGAGACGCCCGGUUUACGUUGGUUAGGCGCGAAACCCGUAACUAGGGUACUGACUCGCCCCGGGUUAGUCUUAACUAAGUCUUGGUCAUAAGGAUGAGAGACUUAGGGCACUGCGGUAGGAUCAAUAAAUAAAAUCAGAUCAUCCAACCAGAGUUGUAAAUUGUUACAAUUGGAAUUUAUUCCUACCAGAAAUAGUUUAACUGUAGGGCAAGAUGCAAAACACAACUAUAGUUAAAUGAAAUAUGGAUCUGGCCCAAUUAAGAAUUUUAUUUAAAAGAAUCUACCAAACCAAGAGUUGUAAUAACGAUUGCAAUUGGAAUGAAUUCCUACCUAAAUAAUUUAACUGUAGGGCAAGAUGCAAAGCACAACUAUAGUUAAAUAAAAUAUGGAUCUUGGCCCGCUAGGGUAUUCUUCAAAUAGAAACCCCAAGUCAAUAGGUUCCGUACCUGAGGGUAGUUGACUUGUUAGAAAUAGUCGGAGAGUAUUUAAUAAAGACCUAUUAGAUACUUAAUUCAUGAUAAUAACUAUCUUCGCAAAAUUCUGUAGUUGGCAAACAACAACACAAACAACCUCGCCCUGCGUUCCAUUCUGGAUAAAGAUAAAUUGAACGGAACAAACUUUGUUGACUGGCAACGCAAUCUCUCCAUUGUUCUCCGCAUGGAUGAGAAAGAGUAUGUGCUCGAAAAGCCCAUUCCUCCUGCCCCUCCCCCUAACGCCCCGAAAGCGGUCAAAGAUGCCUACGAGAAACACGUUAAGGAUGACAACCAGGUUAGCUGUGUCAUGCUGGCUACCAUGAUAACCGAGCUGCAAAAACUGCACGAGGACAUGAAGGCCCACGAGAUGAUCGUGGCCUUGCGGCAGCUAUACCAGGGGCAAUCUAGGCAUGAACGUUUUCUCGUGAGUAAGGCUCUCUUUAGUUGCAAACUCCCUUCAGGGAACUGGGUCGGUCCGCACGUUCUCAAAAUGAUUGGUUACAUAACCAAUCUGGAGAAACUCGGGUUCUCCUUGCAGAAGGAGCUGGCAACGGACCUGAUCCUGCAGUCGCUCCCUGAGCUGUAUAAGGGUUUUGUCAUGAACUACAUGAUGCAUGAUCUAGACAAACCCUUUCGGGAGCUUCUUAAAAUGCUCCAGACUGCAGAGGAGAACCUUACUUAGGGCAAGGGUGCUUCCGUCCUUAUGGUCCAAGGCGGAAAGGGGAAGCCGAAUAAGGGGAUUAAGAUUAAGGCUAGGACGGUCGGAAAGCCUAAAUCGAAGUCCACUUUAUCUGCAACCCAGAAACCCAUAGGAGAAGUUGCAAAGGGCAAAUGUCAUCACUGUGGUAAGGCAGGCCACUGGAGAAGAAACUGCAAGACAUACC